AUGCUUGCCUUGAAAGUCCUCGUUGUGGGUGGGGGCGUGGCCGGUCCAGCCCUGGCGCACUGGCUGUCGCGUAUAGGCGCCAACGUUACUCUCACUGAGCGCUCUCCGCAGAUGCGAGCAUCUGGUCAACAGGUGGACCUUCGCGGUCAAGGGGUGGCUAUGAUGAAGAAAAUGGGCAUCGAAGCUGCUGUGCGGGCAGUAUCUAUCCAUGAACCCGGCACGCAGCUCAUCGAUGUCAACGGCCGCACUAAGGCAUUCUUCCCAGCCGCGAUGGGCAGUACCGGGAAGCAAAGUAUCACAUCAGAGUACGAGAUCAUGCGCGGCGACCUGGUGAGGAUUCUGUACGGACUCACGGAGAAUCGGCCAAACGUCCGGCAUCUGUUCAAUACGACUAUCGAGCGCUUCACGCAGGACGAUGAGAACGACCCCAACGGCAAAGUCCAUGUGAGCUUUCGGGACGGCCGCCAGGAAGACUUUGAUCUGGUUGUUGGUGCCGACGGAACUGGUUCAAAGACCCGCGCAAUGAUGCUGAGUCCAGACGAUCCUGAUCCGCGGCGUUUGCGUGGAGGGUAUAUUGGCUAUUUCAGCAUCCCCUCGCAGCCCGGCGACUCGGAUCGGUUCACUUUCUGCCAUUUGCCUGGGGGCCGCGUGGCCCGUGUCAUUGGCACGAGAAAGGACGUCCCCGACCUGACGCGGGUAUAUAUGCAGAUGCGUGGGAAAGAUGCUGUCGUCGAUGCAGCAUCGAAGGCGGGAGAUCUUGCUCAGCUAAAGAAUGCUUUAGCCGAUCUGUAUCAAGACGGUGGGUGGGAAUGUGAACGCUUCACGAAUGCACUACGGCAUGCACCGGAGGCUGAUGACCUGUACUUCACACCGUUCGUGGAGGUUCAGCUUCCCCCAGGAUCCUGGUCGAAGGGGCGUGUUGUCCUGAUCGGUGACGCAGCACACUCCUCGACAGCGGACGGAUACGGCUGUACAUGGGGCUUGGUAGGGCCCUAUAUCCUGGCCGGCGAGAUUGCGACGCUGUUGAAGCAGAAGUCCUCGCCCACAGCGGCCGUGGUUCCGGGGGCGAAGAACUAUGAGGAGAGGUUCAGACCAGUAGCCACGGCGACGCAUGGGGGCAGCCAGGUGGCUGAGUCUCUGUUUUUCCCCACAUCGAGCGUCGGAAUCUGGAUGCUGCACACGGUUGCAAGAAUGGCGGCGUACUGGCAACUCGACCAGAUGGGCGGCCUGAGUGAGAAGACAUCGAAAUGGCAACUCCCAGAAUAUCCCGAGCUGGAAAGAGAGCAGGGUGAAGCCUGA